CUUAGGCUCACAGCAGCAAAAAUCUACAUGGUGUCAGCCUCUGCUUUGUUCUUCUUCUAGACUCAGCUCAAUCUACCAGACACAAAACAAAACCCUAAAUUGCGGCUGUAUCUUAGUCUUCUUUACUGCUCUAAUUUCUCAGUGAAAUGCUUGCCAACUAUAUGUGAGCGAUCACUUAGGGUCUACUUAUUUCCUCUCUCCCGAAGUUCCUUAAGCAGAGAUCGAGAGGUUUGAUGGUCAUGGCGAGGUCGAAUCAUCAUAACAGACUCCUUCGAGAACGGGGGAAGCGGUGGGUGGGAUGUUUCAAAGCGUUGUCUUGUUUCGGUUCAAAGAAAGGAGAGAGACGAAUUGUGCCAGCAGCUUCACGAAUCCCUGAAGGGAAUAAUGUUGCAAAUGCUCAAUCAAAUCAACCUCAAACAACGGGAGUUACAGCAAUGCUUGCUCCACCUUCCUCUCCAGCUUCUUUCUCACAUUCUCCUGCUCCUUCCAUAGCUCAGUCCCCGAACUGCCUCCUUUCCUCAUCUGCUAACUCUCCUGGUGGUCCUUCCUCCGCGAUGUUCGCAACAGGGCCUUAUGCUCAUGAGACACAGUUGGUUUCCCCACCUGUUUUCUCUACUUUUACCACGGAGCCUUCUACUGCGCCUUUGACACCUCCUCCUGAGUUAGCCCAUCUCACCACUCCUUCUUCACCUGAUGUACCGUACGCGCGGUUCCUGACAGGAGAUGGUGGUCGAUCCUCGUCUUUUCCCGAACGUGAGUUCUCACCGCAUUGGGAUCCUUUGGCUUCUCCACGAACAGUCAAAUGUUCAAGGAGCGACUCUAGUUAUGCACAAACACCUGAGACAAACACUACUCCAAGUCCAAAGGCCUCUCAAGGCUCAAAUUUUUUCUGCCCUGCAACGUUUGCUCGUUACUAUCUCGACCAUGAUGCUCCGUUUUCUCAUGCUGGUGGAAGACUAAGCGUUUCCAAGGAUACAGAUAUUUACCCAACUAACGGAAAUGGUCAGCGCUUUUCCAAGCAAGAUAUGGAAGAACUUGAAGCGUACAGAGCUUCCUUUGGUUUCAGCUCUGAUGAUGUCAUCUCGACAAGCCAAUAUGUGGAGAUAACCCAUGUUCAGGAUGACUCAUUGAGACCUCGUAGUACCUUGGAUGCGUCAAAAGAUGAAGGAAUUAACUUGUAUGGCGCAGGGGAAGCUAGCUUGAACCUGCCAAAAAGUGGCAACUUACAAGAUAUGCACAAUGAUCAUAUGCGGAGAUCAAGCACGCCGGGUAAUGGGGGUCAAGCAAAGACAAGCAGAAAGUACAAGACGGGUCUGUGCAGUUCGGAUGCAGAAAUUGAUUACAGAAGAAGUGGACGAAGCUUGGGGGAAGGAAAAGGAGAUUUUGCUUGGCAUGACUAAGAAACCCUUCUUGCUGGUCUGUAGAGUUUAGUUUUGCUUUCGUGUUUUUUGGUUAUGUUCUGUACGUCUGUGUUUGUUUUAAUUAAAUUUUUGUAUAUUAUACAUAAAGUAAACGUGUAAUGCCUACAAGUUAUUUUUUGUAUUACUGAAGACUGUUUUGUUUUUGGGUAUGUUAUCUGACUAAUU